UAACGUCACUAUGCUGAAGUGAAACUUAACUUGAGAGACUGAGUGUGUAUUGUACAUGUAAGUAAUCUCUCAAACGCUUCAGAAAUAUUUUUUGAACAACUACAUGCAAUCUCCAUGCCUUGUUUGAUACAAUACUACAAACAGAAAGAACAGAGAAAGCAGCCACAGUUAUACAGAUAUGGCGUCCUCCAGCAGUUUCCUGUCUGAAGAGCAGUUCCUGUGUUCUGUCUGUCUGGAUGUGUUCACUGAACCUGUAGCCAUUCCAUGUGGACACAACUUCUGCAAGAUCUGUAUCAGAAAGUACUGGGACAGCAAUGACCUGUGCCAGUGUCCAAUGUGUAAAAAAGUGUUUGAUAGAAGACCAGAUCUCUUUGUCAAUAAUUUCAUUUCUGAGAUGGCUGCUCAGUUCAGGAAGUCAGUUCAAGUGAACGCUACCAGCAGCCCAGACCAACGCCCUACUGAGACUAGAGAAGUGGUCUGUGACGCCUGCAUUGGGAUGAAGCUCAAGGCCCUGAAGUCCUGCCUGGAGUGUCUGACCUCUUACUGUGAAACUCAUCUGCAGCCUCAUCAGAUAGCCCCAGCCCUGAAGAGACACACGCUGAUUGCCCCUGUGGAGAACCUAGAAGACAGGAUGUGUAAGGAGCAUUACAAACUCCUGGAGCUGUUUUGUAGGACUGACCAGAUGUGUGUUUGUGUCUUGUGCAUGAAAACAGACCACAAGACUCACUACACUGUCACUCUAGAGGAAGAGUAUGGAAAGAAAAAAGCUCAGCUGGGGAAGACAGAGGCAGAAGUGCAGCAGAUGAUCCAGGAGCGACUUCAGAAGGUUCAGGAUAUCAAACACUCAGUAGAGCUCAGCAAGAGAGACGCAGAGAGAGAGAUAGAAGACUGCGUGCAGGUCUUCACUGCUCUGGUGCGCUCCAUAGACAAAAGCCAGGCUGAGUUCAUUGAGGUGGUUGAAGAGAAGCAGAAAGCAGCAGAGAGGAAGGCUGAAGGAAUCAUUAUAGAGCUGGAGCAGGAAAUCACUGAGCUACAGAGGAGAAGCACUGAGCUGGGGCAGCUCUCACACACUGAGGACCACCUCCACCUCCUCCAGAGCUCCCCAUCCCUCAGCAGCCUUCCUCCCACCAAGGACUGGUCUGAGAUCAGUGUUCACACCAGUCUGGGUGUGGGGAACCUGAGGAGAGCUGUGUCUCAGCUGGAGGAGACACUCUGGAGUGAAGUGAAGAAGUUGAAGUGUGAUACUGAAAUGAAGAGGAUUCAGCGGCAUGCAGUGGAUGUGACUCUGGACCCUGAUACAGCACAUCCCAGUCUCAUCCUUUCUGAGGAUAGGAAACAAGUGAGACUUGGAGACAAACCAAAGAAUCUCCCUGAAAACCCAAAGAGAUUUUCCAAGUGUGUCUGUAUCCUGGGAACGGAGGGCUUCUCCUCAGGUAGAUUUUAUUAUGAGGUGACUGUUAAGGGAAAGACUGACUGGGAUUUAGGAGUGGCCAGAGAGUCCAUCAACAGGAAAGGGGCGAUUAAACUGAGUCCUCAGAAUGGAUACUGGACUGUGGUGCUGAGGAAUGGAAAUGAGUACAUGGCUCUAACUAAACCCCCUGUCACCCUUCUCCUGAGAGAGAAGCCCCAGAAGGUGGGGAUGUUUGUAGAUUAUGAGGAGGGGAAGAUCUUGUUUUAUGAUGUGGAGAACAGGUCUCACAUCUACUCUUUCACUGGCUGCACAUUCACUGAGAAACUGUAUCUGUACUUAAGCCCUUACCUGAAUGAUGGUGGUAAAAACUCUGCUCCUCUGAUCAUCUCUCCCAUUAAUGACACUUAGUGAGUUGUAACCUCUAUAUCUAACUGAUAAAACAAGCCAAUCUUAUCUGUUGUCACAAAGGACAACCAAUAUCUUUACCAAUAUUGUCGCUGUGACAUUUAUAUGUGUUUCCACCUUCUUGUGCAAACAAAGGCCCUAAACAAUAUGCAGCAUAGACAUUUUCAAACAUGACAUGUUGAAAAAAACAUGUAAAAUAUACACUAUAUCAGGGUUCUUCAAUUCCGGUCCUGGAGGGCCGAAACACCUCUGUUUUUCAUCCUCUCCUU